AUGAAGUACGUACCCCCCCACAUGAGGGCCCAAACGGAGGCCAAGGAAAAAAAGGAAGCAGAAGCAGAGAAGCUGGAACAGUUAAAGGAGAAAAUCGAAAACGCAAAGGAGGAAAAAGACAUUGACAGUGACAGCUCGACGGAAGGAGAUGACUUUGAAAUUGUACUAAACAGUGUGGUGAUCAGUCAGAUAGCGAAAAACAAAGACCUGAGAGGAGAGUUGCUAGGAUAUUACAUAAAAAAUGGGGAUGAAAAAAAAAAAAAAAAAAAAAAAAAAAAGGGAAAAAGUGGAAAUAACGAGGAAGAAGAAGAUGGAGCGGGCAAUAAAAGGAAAAAUGACAACGACGAAGAAGAUGACGAAGAUUAUGAUGACGACGACGAUACGGAUGAUGAUGAUGAGGAAGAUGAUAGAAAAAGAAAAGAUACAGCAAAGGAUAAGAGAAAGGGUAAAAAAAAUGACCCAAAAAAAUUAAACGUCAUAGAAAUUAACCAAUCGUUCUGUGUGUGCAACACUGAAGACAUAUGCAUAGACAAAAUAUCGAAGAUCACGAACAAGUAUCAGAUUGCAAAGCAAAGACAAACGGAGCUGCUAAAUAAUUUAACCUUAUAUUUUAAUAAAAAUAAAUAUGAAGAAGAGGGAGAAAAAUAUAUAAGUGACGUAAACGCAUAUUAUGACGAUUAUGUUAAUAUUAUGGCAGAGCUAAAUUUCGAUACAACUUCCUUCGGAUUUUACGUUAACAUUUGCGACAUUAAGAAGAAGGAUGUGUUGGCCACAUUGUUGAUGUGUUCCCUAAUUAACAAAAAUUCCUUUGUCCUUUGCUUUAGUGAAAAAUAUGGAAAAUUAAUUUUCUCUGCAUACAAAAUAGACGUCGAUGUGGUGUUCGAAAUAAAGAACCAAAUAAAAAAUGGGACAUUUAAUCAGUUCAAUGAUAUUUUGAACGUUGAAUUGAAGAAAAAGGGACUGAACAGUAAAACGAUUUUGCAGAAAAUCCCCAUUCGUAUAAAAAACUCCGUUAUAAGUUCCCUCUUUUUGAAGGUACUUAAAAAUAAAAACAAGAAUUUUGUGUCCUCUAUGGAUUAUUUAAACGCACAGGAGGUGGACUCUCUCGAAAGUUACAUCCACGAUACGUGCAAAUCCCUCGAGUUGCUAAAAACGGAACAAGACAAAAUGAUCAAAUAUAAGAAGGACGUCUUCAAGCAACUACAGACACAGAAAAUUUAUCAGGAAAAGAAAAAACUCGAGAAAGAAAAAAAUAAAAUUGAACACGACAAUCAGGAGACAAACGAAGAAGACAUUAACAUGCAGAAUAUUUUUAAGAACAUCCCGCAGCCAUCUUUACUGUUCCCCUACGUGCUGACCAUGAGCAAUAACCUGCUAAACGAUAAUAUCAACAAUUUGUGCAGCCAUGCCAUUGCCAAGUCGUACUUGUACUACAAGAAUGCGAAGCCGUGA